AACCCUCUCUAUAAAUAUCACCUCAAAUUAGUCGAAGCUCAACAGAAAAAAGAAAAUGGCUACUGCUACAAUCGGAUUCUUGCUAGUUAACAAGCACUUCCAAGUCGAAGCCUUGCAAAAUGAAAUCAUCAACAAAAUGAAGAAAACUGUCAAGUACGAGAUGCGUAUGGCUUCACCAUCAUCAAGAAGGAAGAUUAUUUCCCAAGCUGUUAUUAGUGGUGGAAGUGGAAGCUUGGUGCAAGAUGGCCUCGUUUACAGGCAAAACUUUUCGGUUAGAUCAUUUGAAAUAGGCUUUGACAGAAAACUAUCCUUGGCUGCCUUGACCAAUUAUUUACAGGACACAGCACUUGAACAGUGUAGAGUUAUAGGUAUAUGGGCUGAUGAUUUUGGUUCAACACCUGAAAUGAGUAGACAGGACUUGAUAUGGGUAGUCUGCGCUUUGCAGAUAGUGGUGGAUAGCUAUCCUUCCUGGCUUGAUGUUGUAGAAGUAGACACAUGGUUUUAUCCAUCAGGACAAAAUAGCAUACGUCGAGACUGGAUUGUUCGUGAUGGCAAGACAGGGAAUACUUUGGCUCGAGCAACCAGUGUAUGUGUGUUAAUGAAUAAGAAAACAAGGAAGUUAUCCAAGCUUAAAGAAGAAAUCAGAGAAGAGUUCACUCCUCAUAUAAGGAAUUGUGACCCUGUCAUUGUUAAGGAUAGCAGAAAGUUGCUGAGACUCGAUGUUGAUACAGCAGAUUAUGUUCGUAAAGGUGAAAAACCUGAAUGGGAUCAGCUUGAUCUCAAUCAGCAUGUGAACCAUGUUCAGUACAUUAACUGGAUUCUUGAGACUGUUCCCCGCUAUUUUGUAGAACAUCACAAGCUUUCGGCCAUAACUUUGGAGUACCGGAAAGAGUGCACGGCAGAUUGCGUACUGCAGUCUCUGGCCAAAAUUGUUAAACAUGGCGUCAGUCACAAUAGUAAUAAUAAUAAUAAUGUGAUUGAGUUGGAACACUUGCUCCUCCUGGAGAAUGGAUCCGAAAUUGCUAGGGGAAGAACCAUUUGGAAGCCAAGAGAUAUUCCUGCGGAAACUGCUACCCAGCAUAAGCACUAUAUACUGCAGUAGUACUUCAUAACAUAACGAUACUAUACAGCUCCACUGUUGGUCUCAUAAAAUAACUCUAUUUGUCAUGAUAUAAAAUAAAUAAAUAAAAGGACAAGGACA